AUGAGUUCUAUCUUCUCCCAUUCUGUGCAGGAUCAACUCGCCGCUUCCGGUGCACCUGCUCAGAGCCAGUACCGGACCAGCAGCACCUCCCCUCCUACAGCCGGUUAUGUUCCACCUCAGAACCUUCAAGCCACAGUGUCGAACAGUUUUCUUGGUCCCCUCCAGGGGCCCGUGUACGGAGCUUCUCCUGCUCAGAACCAGUAUGGGACCAGCAGCGCCUCCUCUCCUACAGCCGGUUAUGUUCCACCUCAGAACUUUCAAGCUGCAGCGACGAACAGUUUUUCUGGUCCCCUCCUGGGGCCCUUGUACGGAGCCUCUCCUGCUCAGACAGGGUAUCCACCGUAUCAGUAUCCGAAUCCGUCUUCAGCUAACCAAUAUCUUCAACCAUUGAUGCAACCUGCUGCUGCUACUGCUGCUCCUGCUGCUUGGAACUCGCCGUGGCUCCAAUACCCGCUUCGACCUCUAUCUGCGCCGCCAGUGAAGCAAAUCUGGCCAACAACAAAUCCUACUCAACCGCAGAUUCCGGAGAGGCCAUCGAGUAGUAAUCAGGGAUACGUGACUGACCCGCUGAUUACCGGUUUCAAGAAGCUGGCCAUUAACGUGCAGCCUUCGACCUAUCCAAGCGGCGCAAACGACCACGAUGCCGAUGCUGAGCCACGGUAUCAUUCUUUCCGCCUAACACCGCUACCGCCCACCAGUGACUGUUUCCGACUCGUCGAGUUCAGUCCGGUUCCGACACCGCAGAGCCCGAUAUCAUGUAAAUUGCACAGAGUCAGCCUACGGGACCACCCAGAGUACAUUGCUCUGUCAUAUCCGGUCAGUGUAAGCAAGCUCUCGGGACGUUUUCGCCGGCUAGAGCAGAUAGCGUGCGAUGACGGCUACAUCGAGCUUUAUGGAGGCAUGCUGGACAUUCUAUACUCUGUGCUCAAUCGACAUGACCCCAUGUAUAUGUGGAUCGACUGCUGCUGCAUGUCUCAACAUGACCCUGACGAGAAAGCCGAACAGAUAGCGAUGAUGAAGCACAUCUAUCGAAAAGCGAAGGAGACCGUCAUUUGGCUGGAAGAGCCUUCGGACAAUGCCCUUUUGGUCCGUCAGGCCUUCGAGACCCUCAAAAUUGGAUACACGCAUUUCAACAACAUUGAGACUCGACAAGCGUUCGCAAGCAAGUGGGCAUCGACGUUCGCAGUCGUCAACACUCUUGCCUUGAACCAGCUGCUCCAAAAGGUCUACUUCUCACGCAGCUGGAUGUUGCAAGAGGCUGCUCUCUCUUCGCACGCUGUCAUCCACUGCUGCACAUACCGCAUCAAAUGGGCCGACUUUUGCGAGCAACUUGCCUGCCUGAUGCGGAUAGGCUACAUCGAAAUGGUGAUGACCGGCUACGCCUCGGCCCUGACUGCAAACGAGGUUUGGCUCUGGUUAGGGAGACACAAAGCGUUCGUCACUCUGUGGCAAGAACUGGAGAAGCAAAGACGGCGGCGAGUCGCACCCACGGAACCACUUCCCCUCAAGCUGAAGCAACUGAUGCGUCUCACGCGAGGUAUGAACGCUUCCGAUCUCCGAGAUCGAGUCUACGCCUUGCUGGGGCUCUGUUCUGAUAGCGGCGCGAUCCGAGUCGAUGCCAGACCGCAAUAUACUGUGGCGAUGCUAUACCACCAAUUAGCCCUGUACUUCACCAAGUCGCAGUCUUCGCGCUGUGACUGCGACGGUUCCGCUUGUCCAGACAACGAACUGAGUUUCAUCGGUGACGCAGGGGCUCGCAGCUGGAACCACGGAUUUUUCAAGGCUUUUGACGAAAGGCACAGGGCCAGUCUUGACGCCCUCCCUUCGUGGGUACCCGUAUGGGAGUAUCGGUCCCUUCGAACAAUGUGGACCGAGGCUCACAGCGCAGGGUACAAAGCUGGCGGCAGAACUAAGCCUGCUGUCUGGUACGACCCUGACGUCGCGCUGCCGCACAGCCUGUUUGCUACCGGCACCAUCACCUCUCAGAUCCAGUACAUCACGACCCCCUGCCCGACGUUCGACGAUUAUCCUGAGGUGCUCGAACUUGACGCUAUUUCCAGAUUACUCAGAAGCGUGCAAAUCAUGGGCGGAUGGUUCCGAGAGGCGUUUGCUCUACUCCAGCAACGCAUCCCUCCGCACCAUUCUCGCACAGAGGAUUUCUGCCGCACCCUGUGCGGCAACAUCUCUCACAUGGAAGCUGAUUUUCUGCCGUCAGAGGCGCCGCGUGUCCCAAUCUCGAACCCCCGUGAACUGGAGCGGUUUUUCAGCGACUGCAUGGAGGUGUACCAGUUGCUCGAGUCCUACAACUACGAUUACAAUGGGGACACAGUCACGCAAGGCACGGCGCUCGCCAGCCACCUUGAAGGUGCGACCAAGUGGUGGGAAUUGACCGGCUUUACUUUACCGUAUUCUAAGUUCUUCCUGUCCAACGACGGCAAAAUGGGGGUGGGGCCAAGUCUGUCACAAGUUGGGGAUCGGAUUGCUGUGUUCAACGGGGCGCCCAUGCCCGCGGUGCUGAGGUCUGCGGACCAGGGAACGGGAGAGCAGUACCAGCUUGUGGGGCCUGCCUAUGUGCAUGGCCUGAUGGACGGAGAGGCCUACCACGUCUUGCCUGCCCGAGAGACGUCGAUUUGUCUGGUUUGA